AUGGCGGGCGGGGAGCCCUUGGCCGCGCUGCUGCCCGCCCUGCGCGGCUGCUACGCCGAGGCCGCCCCGCUGGAGACCUUCAUCCGGCGGCUGCAGGAGAGCGGCGCCGGGGAGGCUGAGGUGCUGCGGGGCGACGACGCUCCCUCCUACCGAGCCUUCGUGGGGCAGUGCCUGGUGUGCGUCCCCCACGGCGCCCGCCCCAUCCCCCGGCCCCUCACCUUCCAGCAGUUAUCUAGUCAGAACGAAGUCGUCACGAGAGUUGUUCAGAGACUGUGUGAAAAAAGGAAGAAGAAUGUCCUCACAUAUGGAUACUCCUUACUGGACGAAAACAGUUCUGAUUUCCAGAUCAUGCCGUAUUCACAUAUAUACAGCUACCUACCCAAUACUGCAACAGAAACUAUUCGUAUCAGUGGCCUCUGGGAAACUCUGCUGAGCAGGAUAGGGGAUGAUGUGAUGAUGUAUUUAUUGGAACACUGUGCAGUCUUCAUGCUGGUUCCCCCUAGUAAUUGUUACCAAGUUUGUGGGCAACCAGUUUAUGAACUUAUUUCAUAUAAUGUAGACUCAUCCCCAGGGUUUGUUAAGCAAAGGUUUUCAAAGCAUAGAUGUAGUAGUUUGCUUGCCUAUAUGCAAAGAAGGCUGAUGUUUCAUAGACGGUAUCUUUCAAAGUCUCAUUGGUGGAAACACAGACAAAGACCUGAAGCUAAUGUCUCCAGAAAGAGAAAUAAAAAAAAUAACAAGAUACAAAGCUUGGUGUCCAUGGUUACUGAACAUCACGAAAAACAGAGUAGCUCCAGUUUAUGUUUGUCAGCUAUGGCACCAUCUUUGAAAAGGAAGCCUGAUAGGGAACAACCUGAAAUUCCGGCUAAGAGAGCGAAAGUAGCAGAGAAGGAGAGAGUGGAAAAGGCUUGUAAUCUAACUCCUGAGGUAAACCAAAGUAGUUCCAAGAGAUACAGAACUGGGUAUGUAGCAUCACAUUCUGUAAGCCUCAUUAAAAAAAAGCACAUUUCUCAAAUGAGUAACUGUGAUAUGUCUGGUCCUUUACUUCAUAAAACUCAUGACGGGAAGAAGUUUGUGGCAGGUGAGAGCUCUUUUCUGCAACGAGUUCAGAGUAAGAAACCUUCGAAGUCCAGCACUGAAAUGCAAGCAGAGUCCCAUAGGAAAGGAGUAGAGAUGCGUAUAUGUAAAUCUCAGUUGGAUUCUGUACAAAUCAAACCCACGGAGGGUAUUUCUUCAAAAGGCAGAACGCGGGAAGGUCCCUUAGCUCACUUGGCAAAGAAGUUACCAAAUGCUCUCCUGCGCUCUGCAGUUUACGUUAACAGGAAGCUGCUUCUCUAUUCUCGCGGGAGUUUCAAAGAAUGUUUUCCUAAAUCAUUUGUAUUGAAUCGCUUGCAGGGCUGUCAGGCAGGUGGACGACGGCUUAUAGAAACUAUAUUCUUAAGCCAAAAUCCGUUGGAGCAAAAGCACAACAAAAGCCUGCCACAUCACAAAUGGAGAAAGAAGAGGUUGCCCAAACGCUACUGGCAAAUGAGACACACAUUUCAGAAACUGUUAAAGAACCAUGGAAAGUGCCCUUACUUAGUUAUCUUGAAAAAAAAUUGCCCUGUCCGGAUAUCUGAAACCAGUGCGAGAAAAACUGAGCUGCCUUCUCAGGCAGCCUUGCCUGGGGAAGCAGAGGUUCACAAGCAAGCAGAACAGUUUGGGAAACAGCGUACUAAGUGUGUGACAAGCAGCAGAUGUGAAUCUGGUCACACUGACCUGCCAGCCAACUCAGGCAUGCCUUUUGCAAGAUGUGUGCUCGAGAAGUCGCAGAGUAAGGAGCAAAACCCGGGAGAGGCGUGUGAUUCAGCCCUCAGGGAGCUCCUCAAGCAGCACAGCAGCCACUGGCAGGUGUACAUCUUUGUGAGGGAGUGCCUGGAGCGGGUCAUCCCCGCUGAGCUCUGGGGUUCAAACCAUAACAAGUGCCGCUUCUUAAAAAAUGUGAAAGGGUUCAUUUCCAUGGGGAAGUUUGGUAAACUUUCAUUGCGGGAGUUGAUGUGGAAGAUGAGAGUGAAUGACUGCGUGUGGCUUCGUCUAGUGAAAGGUGAUCACUUUGUUCCUGCCUUUGAACACUGUUUCCGUGAAGAACUUUUGGCUAAAUUCCUGUACUGGCUGAUGGAUACCUAUGUUGUUACGUUGCUCAGAUCAUUUUUUUAUGUCACCGAGACCAUGUUCCAGAAAAACACGCUUUUCUACUACCGAAAGUUUGUCUGGGGCAAGUUACAGAACAUUGGAAUUAGAAACCAUUUUGCCAAAGUACAUCUACGUGCUUUAUCUUCAGAAGAGAUUCAAGCUAUCCAUCAGAAAAAAUACAUUCCUAUGGCAUCAAAGCUCCGGUUCAUUCCUAAGAUGAAUGGGUUAAGACCCAUAGUAAAAGUGAGCGGUGUUGUUGAAGCACGAGCAUUCAGCAAGGAAAGCAGAGAAAAGAAGAUGCGUCAUUACAACACUAGACUAAAAAAUCUAUUCAGUGUGUUAAAUUAUGAACGAACUAUAAACACCAGUUUUAUUGGUUCUUCAGUGUUUGGGAAGGAUGAUAUCUACAAGGCAUGGAAGAAGUUUGUUACAAAGGUCCUUGAAUCAGGCACUGAAAUUCCUCAUUUCUACUAUGUAAAGGCAGAUGUGUCCAGGGCUUAUGAUACCAUUCCUCACAAUAAGCUUGUGGAAGUGAUUUCACGAAUCUUAAACCCUGAGAAAAGAACUGUCUACUGCAUACGGCGCUAUGCUGUGAUUAUGAUUACCAGAAGUGGAAAAGCCAGAAGGUUCUAUAGGAGACACGUUUCUACUUUCAAAGAUUUUAAGCCAGACAUGAAGCAGUUUGUGUCCCACCUUCACGAGACUGAGUCAUUGCAAAAUGCAAUAAUAGUUGAACAGAGCUUAACUUUUAAUGAGACAAGUUCCAGCCUGUUUACUUUUUUUCUUCAAAUGAUACAUCACAACAUCCUGGAGAUUGGGAGCAGGUACUACUUACAGUGCUGUGGAAUUCCACAGGGCUCCAUUUUGUCAACCUUACUUUGCAGUUUAUGCUAUGGAGACAUGGAAAACAAAUUACUCCGUGGAAUACAGCAGGAUGGAGUCCUAAUACGUCUCAUUGAUGACUUUUUGCUGGUUACACCACAUUUAGUUCAGGCAAGAACUUUUCUAAGGACUCUGGCAACAGGUAUUCCUGAGUAUGGCUUUUUAAUAAAUUCCCAUAAGACAGUUGUAAAUUUUCCAGUUGAUGAUAUCCCAGGAUGUGCCAAAUUUAAACAGCUGCCAGAUUGUCGUUUGAUCCCGUGGUGUGGUUUAUUAUUAGAUGUGAAGACACUUGAGGUUUACUGCGAUUACUCCAGUUAUACCUGUACUUCUAUCAGAUCGAGUCUUUCUUUCAAUUCAAGUAGAACAGCUGGGAAGAACAUGAGAUACAAACUGAUUACCGUCCUCAAACUGAAGUGCCAUUGUUUAUUUCUUGAUUUACAGAUCAACAGCCUUAGAACAGUUUUAAUUAACAUCUACAAGAUAUUUUUACUGCAGGCUUACAGGUUCCACGCCUGUGUUCUCCAACUUCCAUUCAACCAGCAAGUCAGAAACAAUCCUUAUUUCUUCCUAAGGAUCAUCUCUGAGACUGCGACGUGCUGCUACGCUAUCCUGAGAGCAAAAAAUGCAGGGGUUACUUUAGGUAACAAAGGUGCAUCUGGCAUGUUCCCUUCUGAGGCAGCAGAAUGGCUCUGCUACCAUGCCUUUAUUGUCAAACUGACAAAUCACAAAGUUGUUUACAAAUGCCUGCUUACACCCCUAAAAAUCUGUAAGAUGCAGCUGUUCAGGAAGAUCCCAAAGGAUACUAUGACACUACUGAAGACAGUGACAGAACCGUCUCUUUGUCAAGAUUUCAAAGCUAUCCUGGACUAACUAAUUGAAGUUUAUCUCCUGAUUUUCCAUGUUUGGAAGUAAAUGCUAUGUCUUCAGAUUACUUUUCUCUGUAGU